CUCUGUUCUUUCACCAUGCCCGCAGACAUCGAAAAAGAUGACGCUGUUAUGUCGACUAGUCCACCAUCCAGCUCCAGCAAUUACCAUUCUCUAGAAAUGGCAGAAGGAACCUUUGCAAUUGACCAUACCGACUCGCGAUCGCACGCCUCAAGUAUUGCGCCCGUUGAUGAGGAGAAGAGUACACCGGACCCACCGAUUCCUCUGGCUCGACAAUCCACUGAAUUGGGGCCGGCCGUGAAGGUGCCGCGAUUGAAGCGCAGAGGUCUGUUCGGCCAGAUGACCCUGGUGGCAGAGGUCGAGGAUCCCAAGACCUAUUCUCGAAAGAUGAAAUGGUUCAUCACGUUCAUUGUUGCGGUGGCUGGAGCUACAGCGCCAAUGGGCUCCUCCAUAUUCUUUCCCUCACUUUCUCAAGUGACUCGAGAAUUACACACUACGACUACAAUCACUAACCUAUCUAUUGCCUUGUAUAUGCUGAGCAUGUCCAUUUUUCCGCUCUGGUGGUCCUCCUUUAGCGAACGGCUUGGAAGACGGACAAUCUACCUGACUUCUUUUGUUCUUUUUGUGGUUUUCAACUGCCUCUGCGCCGUCUCAAGCUCCAUCGGCAUGCUGAUCGUGAUGCGAAUGCUGAGUGGUGGUGCAUCCGCCUCUGUCCAAGCCGUGGGUGCAGGCACCAUUGCAGAUCUUUGGGAACCCCGCGAGCGAGGCCGUGCCAUGGGUAUCUUUUAUCUAGGCCCUCUGUGUGGGCCCUUGUUCGCGCCCAUUGUUGGUGGUCUUCUAGCUGAACGUUGGGGCUGGAGGAGUACCAUGUGGUUUCUUGCGGUAUACGGUGCACUCACUGUCAUCUUUCUCUUUUUCGCUCUGCCAGAAACGCUCGCAGUGCGGAAGCCCGUUCUUCCGGAUGUGGCAGAGAAUGAGAUGGCCCCCGUCAGUCGCCCGCUAAGCCGAGUAUCCUCGCGACAGGUGGUUGGGGUCACGACGAGAUGGCUCAAAAUGCUGAAGAUAAUUUUCAUCGAUCCGUUGAAGAUUGUCCUUUACCUACAGUAUAUUCCUGUACUGUUGAGCGUGUACUAUGCAAGCAUCGCCUUUGGCUCGUUGUACGUGUUGAACGUCAGUGUCGAAGACACAUUCGGCAAGGCACCGUACAAUUUCAGCACAAUCAUCAUUGGCUUGCUUUAUAUUCCUAACUCGAUUGGGUACGUGGUGGCGAGUCUGUUCGGCGGCCGAUGGAUGGACAACAUAAUGCAGCGCGAAGCGAAAAAGGCAAAUCGGUACGAUGAGAAGGGCAGACUAAUCUACCGUCCAGAGGAUCGCAUGCGUGAGAAUGCUUGGCUGGGAGCUUUCCUCUAUCCGGCAGCUCUCAUCUGGUACGGUUGGACCGUUGACAAGGGAGUGUUCUGGCUGGUUCCGAUGAUUGCAAAUUUCUUCUUUGGAAUAGGCUCGAUGCUCAUUUUCAGUAUGGUGACCACAAUGUUGACCGAGUUUAUGCCCAAGAAGUCCUCCGAAGGGGUGGCCCUCAACAAUUUCAUGCGAAAUAUCUUCUCUUGCGUUGGGUCUCUCGUCACUGCACCCAUAAUCAAUGGCAUUGGCAAUGGGUGGCUCUUUACCAUCCUCGGAGUGGUCAGCUUCGCAAGCAGCUCCGUCAUAUUCUUAAUGAGGGUAUAUGGUCCUCGCUGGCGAAAAACCAUGGACGAACGCAUGCGGUGA